AACACACCGCUGUACUGCUGAGCCCCGCCAACUCCGGUCACAUGAUCACCCGCACAGGUCCUUCAGCCACAAUAUCUUCUAUCUUGCUGAGCUCCGCCCCCAAAUGUACUAAUCACAUGAUGGUGACAUCAUCACAGGUCCUACACCUCCAGCAUUUAGCUUAUACAGAACAGGUCCUGGUCCGUUACAUGAGGAGGAGGUUCCUAUAAGGUGUCAGGACGUGGCGGUCUAUUUCUCCAUGGAGGAGUGGGAGUAUGUAGAAGGACACAAGGAUCAGUACAAGGAUCAGGUGAUGAUGGAGGAUCAGCAGCCCCUCACAUCACCAGCAGGUGAUUCCUGUGUGUUCCCUACAGAUGGAGUCAUGGAUAGAAAUCCACCCGAGAGGUGUCCCCGUCCUCUGUAUUCCCAGGACUGUCCAGAGGGAAAUGUCCCAGAGAAGCAUCAGGGGGGAGAUCUGACUAAUAAUAAAGUGGAGGAUGAAGAAGAGAGGAUGAGGGGCCAUCACCCGUGUAUGAGGGAAGUGAAGGAGGAAAUUCCAGGAGGUGUUACCCUAGAUGGAGUCCUGGAUAGAAAUCCACCCGAGAGGUGUCCCCGUCCUCUGUAUUCCCAGGACUGUCCAGAGGGAAAUGUCCCAGAGAACCAUCAGAGUGAGUACCUGACUAUUAUUAAAGUGGAGGAUGAAGCAGAAGUGGAUUGGAUGAAGGGCGAUCACCCGUGUGUAAGGAAAGUGAAGGUGGAGUUUCCAGGAGACUAUACCCCAGAAAAUCCCCUUGAGAACUCUGAGGGAGACGUAAUGUACUCGCUGAAUUAUAAAGAAGAUGAAGAUAUGAUGGAGCAGUCCUCAGGAAAAAACUUCAUUACUCUUACUGUCCAUCCAGGACUUCAUGGUACAGAUCUAUCCUAUAAUAAUCCCUCUGAUCAUGAGGAAACUUCUCCCGACCAAUGGCAGACUGCUACCACAAGCACAGGUCAGAGAGGAGGGAAAAGGCUUCAAUGUGAUGAAUGUGGGAAAGAGUUUUCAAAAACAUCAGAUCUACUUAAACACAGCAGAAAUCACACAAGGGAGAGGCCAUACUCCUGUUCAGAAUGCGGAAAAUGCUAUCCAUAUAAAUCAGAGCUUGUGUUACAUGAGAGAAUUCACACAGGAGAGAGGCCGCAUUCAUGUUUAGAAUGUGGGGAACGUUUUACUCGGAAAUCUGCUCUUGUUAGACAUAAGAGAAUUCACACAGGAGAGAAGCCGUAUGCAUGUUUAGAAUGUGGAAAAUGCUUUAUAAGUAAAACGGCUCUGAAACACCAUGUGAGAAUUCACACAGGGGAAAAACCAUUUUCAUGUUCAGAGUGUGGUAAAUGUUUCACACACAAAUCACAUCUUGUUAUACAUGUGAGAGUUCACACGAGAGAGAAGCCAUUCUCAUGCUCAGAAUGCGGGAAAUGUUUUACCGAUCAGUCAACUCUUGUUAGGCAUCAGAGAAGUCACACGGGAGAGAAGCCACAUUCGUGCUCAGAAUGUGGAAAAUGCUUUAUUAGUAAAUCAGGACUGGUAAACCAUGAGAGAAGUCACACAGGAGAAAAAACAUUUCCAUGUUCAGCAUGUGGGAAAUGUUUCUCACGUAAAGCACAGCUUGUUGUGCAUGAGAGAAGUCACACAGGAGAGAAGCCUUAUUCGUGUUCACAAUGUGGGAAGUGUUUUACACAGAUAACGCAUCUUAUUGUACAUGAGAGAAGUCACACAGGAGAGAAACCAUUUUCAUGUUCUGAAUGUGAGAAAUCUUUCACAAAAAAAUCGCAUCUUGUUUUACACGAGAGAAGUCACACAGGAGAGAAGCCAUAUUCAUGCUCACAAUGUGGGAAUAGUUUUGCAAAAAAAUGUAAUCUCGUUAGACAUGAGAGAAUUCACACAGGAGAGAAACCGUAUUCAUGUUCAGAAUGUGGGAAAUGUUUUAGUACUAAAGGCAAUCUUCAGGAUCAUGAGAGACGUCACACAAGAGCGAAGCUGUUUUGAUGUUCUGUAUGCGGAAAAAGUUUUAGAAGGAGCAGGGGCACCUCAUGUCGUUUUUUUCUAUUUAUAUAUGUGAACAAAUGAAUAUUCCAUCUUCCAUAACCCUAAUCUUUAUAUCUUUGUAUGAAUGAACUGAAUAAAAAACAAGUGGGGUGUUGCCA